AGGCUCAGUGUGGGAUGUUGGUAGGAUGGUGCUUAAAACAAUCCAAUGUGCCUUGACCUGGAAAUGGGGAACGACUAAUAACUUCCUUUACAACUGCCCUAGCGUUCAGCCCUCUUACCUGGUCAAAAACAAAAUCAUCUCUUUGAUUGACGCUGGCCUGGCAAUAAAUUCUGCCUAUCCUCUGGUCCUUCGAGCACAGCGGAAAACAGAUCUGAUCAUUUCCUUUGAUUUCAGCUCUGGAGAUCCUUUUGAGGGCUGACCAGAAUUUUUCUGUGGGUGAGUGAUAUUACUCCUUCCUUAAGGGCAGUUGAUGACAUUCAUCAAAGAGAACCUCAUCCUGGUGAGCAGAAUGAGGAAAUGACAGUCUCACCAGCGAAAAGCCUGCAGCAGCUGCGGAGGCUGGGAAUUCCCAGAGGCAAGAAAGGAGCAGAAAUGCAGCCAGUCUCAAAGAUGACAGAAAGCAGGGGUAUUUCCUAGAGACUCAGGUGCUGAAUGGAACUUUUUGAAAGAAUG